AUGCGCCCCAGGAGCACGCUGGAUCUCCCAGAAGGUUGCCCCUCUUUGGGGGUGCUCGACCAGCAGCGCACGCCCAUUUCAGAGGACGCAGGCUGGUUACCCCGUCGCUACAACAGCGGCACCGCCAUGGUGACCACAGCAUCCUCCUUGCACCUCCAGCUCAGCCUGGGGGGUGGGACUGGGGAGUUGCAGAAGCAGUGGGCCCUGGGGAGGAUGGAGCAUUCAGCCAGCAGGAGGGCCCAGGGAGACAACCUGAGUUACUUCCUAGAGGAUCCAGGCACCGGGACGCUGUACAGGAGGGGCCAGCUCCUAGGAAAGGGGGCUUUCGGCCGGUGCUACAAGUUCACGGACACGUCCACCGGCAAAGUCUACGCCAUCAAGAUCGUCCCCCAGUCCCGCAUCUCCCGGCUGGAGAGCAGGGGGAAGGUCGAGAGGGAGAUCGAGCUGCACAGCCACCUGAGCCAUCGGCACGUCGUGGGCUUCCACCGGCACUUUGCUGACCGGGACAACAUCUACAUGAUCCUGGAGUACUGCAGCCACAAGUCCCUUGCCCACAUCCUGAAGGCCAGGAAAACUCUGACGGAGCCAGAGGUCCGAUAUUACCUGAGGCAGAUCAUUGCGGGGCUGCGCUACCUCCACCAGCAGGGCAUCAUCCACCGCGACCUCAAGCUGAGUAACUUCUUCCUCACGAAGAACAUGCAGGUGAAGAUCGGGGACCUGGGGCUGGCGACGAGAGACGAGCAGGCCGGCCGGAGACGGGGCGUGGUGUGUGGGACGCCCAACUACCUGGCCCCUGAGGUGAUCGCCAAGAAGGGGCACUCCUUCCAGUCCGACAUCUGGGCCCUGGGCUGCAUCAUGUACACCGCUCUGACAGGCUGCUCCCCCUUCGAGAUCACCCACAAGCAGGAGAUGUACCAGUGCAUCCGGGAGGGCCGGUACCCCAUCCCCAACCACCUCUCGCCAGGCGCCAGGAAGCUGAUCGGCUGCCUGCUGGCGCCCAGCCCCUCAGAGCGGCCCAGCCUGGAGGAGGUGUUGGAACACGAGUUCUUCACCCAGGGUUUCACUCCGGACAAGCUGCCAUCCCGCGCCUGCCACUCGGUGCCCGUCUUCGCCCUGCCCAACCCGAUUGGCAAGCUCCUGAAAAAGGCGGCCAAGGUGCUGUUCAGGGGGUUGCCAUGCCAGGAGCCCCGGGCAGGUAGCCCAGUGCCCGGCGAGGAGCCGGAAAAGCUGAGAUCCCAGCAGGCUCAGAACCUGCCCAGCCUGGAGCACCACAGCGAGGUGGAAAGAGGCAGUGUCCAGGCUGCGCCGUUCCCCGAGGCCCCCAGCAGGUUCUCCAUCCAUCUGCUCAUGACGGGAGCCCUCAGGCCCAGCCGCUCUGGUGCCAACUCAGAUGCAGGCUGGAGCGUGGCGAGCGCGGUGCAGUCAGUCACCAGGGUGCUGAGCAGCUGCCUGGAGAACAUGCCUCUGGCCGAGCACAACCCUGUGCAGCGCCUGGCACCGCCCGUCCUCUGGGUCACCAGGUGGGUGGAUUAUUCCAACAAGUACGGCUUCGGCUACCUGCUCUCGGACGGCUCCACGGGUGCCCUGCUGGCCGACGGCACCCACCUAGCCCUAUGCCCGCAGUCACCGCGUGUCUGCUACUGCCCGGGGCGCGGGGAGGCCGUGUCCUUCCCCCGGAGCGACGUGCCCGCCUCCCUGGCCACGAAGAUGGGCGUCCUGCACUUCUUCUCCCAGUACAUGCAGCAGAAGCUGCUGGAGGGGGGGAACGAGCCGGCGGGUCCCAGCAGCUCCACAGACACCCCUUGUCUCCUGUGCUGCGCCAAGUCGGACCGGGCACUGCUGAUGCUCUUCAGCAACGGGACGCUGCAGGUCAAUUUCUAUCACGACCACACCAAGCUGGUGCUGAGCUGCCCAGACGGUGGGCACCUCCUGACCUUCAUCGACGAGCAGCGCGUCAGUGCCACCUUCCCGCUGGGUGCCCUGGCCGCGGGGGGCUGCUCCCCGGCCCUGCGGGAGCGCCUGCAAUACGCCCUCAACAUGGCCCACUGCCUGUAGCUGACUCCGCUGCCGCCCCCGGGAGCCGGACCCGCUGCCCAGCGCCAGGCCUGGCAUGGACACGGACACAGGGCGGCUGAGGUGAUGUGGCGGCCCGGGGCAGGCCCAUUAGGGGCUCUUAUGGGACCCCAUUUGAUGAUCAAACUCUGCUCCCCGGCUGGAGGGGUGCUGUGGAGACAUGAGUCCUUUCCGCUCUGCCCCUCGCUCCCCCUGGAACCAGCGGGGCCUGGAGAUGUCCAUUUGCCCAGUGCCAACGCCAGCCCAGGAGCUUCACCCACUGGUGUCCCCUCAGGAUGGGAUUUGGGGCGCAGCAAACAGGCCUUGGCCUUCAGGGGUGGCUCCCAAAGGGGAGCUGGAGCAGCGGGCGCGGCGGGGGGGCACCAGGCUGCCCCGAAUGCCUGGGGCCGGCGGCCAGGCAAACUGGGGAGUUGCUGCAGGCUCUGGGGCUGGAGCUGGGCCAGGCCUGACCGCUCUGCGCUGGCGGAGGGUGGGGAAGGGGCCUGCUGGGCCAGGAUCCCACCCAGACUGGAGCCAGGAUGGGAAGAGGGAACUGAAAGCCAAGGUUAUGUGAUGGAGGGAGGCGCUCUGAGGAGGCAAGAGAACCCAGGAGUCCAAGUGUGGGAGGAUACAGAG